AUGAGCACGGAUCAAUAUGGGUCUGAAGUAGUGCCAUUACUCUGCAUGAUCAGCAGCCUAACCUGGGAGCCAUCCAAGUGUGGCGACGGCGGCAGUCUCGAUCUCCUGGUCGAACGCAAGCGCAAUGCCGCCACCGCGGCGGACGGCGCGCUCAGCCUUGCUGGCGAGACGGGACGGGAAGAGCGCGCCGGAGAUCGCCGUGGGGUCAUCCGAGAACACGAGGUCGAAGGCGCCGUCGGAGAAGGGGAGGUGGUGCGGAUCCGCGCGGCGGACGAGCGGCGGCAAGUCGACGAGGUCGAUCCCUGUGGCGUCCCAGGUCCCCGCCGCGCGAAGCGCGUCGACGGCGUGGCCGGCGCCCGCGGCGAGGCAGAGGACGCGAGAAGGGGCCGCGAGGAGGCCGAGGCCGCGGAGCGGUGGGAAGGCGGACGUGGCCAGGGAAGCGGCACGGCGUCUCCAGCGCGGGGAGGCGCGCAGCUUAGCGAGGCGGCGGUCGGGCGGGGCCACUCGGCGCGAGGCGGCGUCGCAGGAGGUGCGCGGGAAGGGGGCGAGCGAGAUGGUGAGCGCAAGGGGUGGGACGCGGGGAAGCAGUAG